AUGGCCAGAGACGACGAGCGAUCGGGUGAACGGAGGGGUGAGGAGCGGAGAUACGGACGGACCCGCUCGCGGUCGAGGUCGAGGUCGCCGAGACGGCAUCGGGAUGAAACGAGGCGCAGGUCGCCCCUCGGCGAGGGCGAUUCGCGUCGGGAACGGAGGAUGAGGUCUCCUCACGGGGAUGGUAGCCGCGACGACCCCGACGACCGGGAUUCGAGACACAGGCAUCGGCAUCACCACCACCAUCAUCGUGGGCACCGGGACAGCCCCCGCGAUACUACCGGCGCUACCAAGAGCAGCGGCAAGGAGAAGAAGGCCGCGGCUUCUGUUGCGGCAACGUUGCCGUACGAGGCCCGCCAGCUGGGCAAGUCGGAGAUGGAGGUGUUUCGGCCGCUGUUGGCGUAUUACCUCGACCUGCAGAAGCAAAAGGACAUUUGCGAGAUGGACGACAGGGAGGUGAGGGGUCGGUGGAAGAGUUUCGUGGGGAAGUGGAACCGGGGAGAGCUCUCGCAGGGGUGGUAUGACCCAGAGAUGUUUGUCUCUGCCAAGGAGAGGGCUGUUGAGGUUGGGAUUGAUAGGCCACGCUCCCGGGGGUCUGAUGGUAGUGGGCGAGAGGUGGUGGAGAGGCGCGGGGAAGAAAGGAAUUAUGGCGGGGGAAGGACUGAUGAAGAGGAAGAGGAGGAGGAUCACAAUGACGGGGACAAGGACGAUGACGACGAUGAGGAUCUAGGACCGAGGCUGCCGCCCACGGCGAGGACCGGCCACCAGCGUCCCGGGCCCGGAAUUCCAAACAUGGCGGACCUGUCUCUCCAGCGUGAGUCGCUCGCCGAAGAAGCGCAGCGGGACCGGGAGGCGCGGGCCUCGGAUCUGCGGCAGGCGCGCAAGGAGGACAGGAAGCUGCAGCGGGAGAGGCUGGACGAGGUAGCACCGCGGGCGGAGGCCGGGACGAGAGAGCGGCAGCUCGAGAAGCGGGCGGCUGUCAAUGAAAAGAUGAAGGAGUUCCGGGACAAGGGAGGAGACGGAGGCGGGGUGGCGGAGGUUGGGGAGCAGGAGCUAAUGGGCGGGGGAGACAGUUUUGCAGAGCUCAAGGCCAUGAAGGCGAGGGAGGAGAGGAAGAAGACGGAGCGGGAGGUUAGGAGGGAGGAGAUUGCGCGGGCGAGGGCUGCUGAGCGGGAGGAGAGGGUGAGGGAGUAUCGGGAGCGGGAGGAGGGGGUUAUGAAGGGGCUGAGGGAGCUUGCGAAGCAGAGGUUUGGGUGA